AUGAACCGCAUGCUCGAUCCCCCCCUGCGAAAUCCAUUUCAUGCGCCUCCCGUCAGCGACCUCACCGCGAAAUCAAGGACUAUACCACUGCUCUCCCCCUCGGGCCCCGCAGGCGACUCUGUCAGUCCCAGUGACCCCAUGGACAUGAGCCCGUCUGCCUCGACCUCGACCUCGACCUCGAUGGCUCCGCCGCUCCAGAACGGUGCUGAUGCAGAUGCUGCCAACCCCAAUGCCAAUUCCAACGCCAAUUCCAAUUCCAAUGCCAAUAAUGCCAAUGCGAAUGCCAAUGCGAACCACACAAACGGCACAGCUAUGGACUCCGCACAGUCGCAAUCUACCAGCUCGAACCACCCAAUCGGUGCUGCAGCUGCAGGACAGCAACCAAAGGUCGUCCAGACGGCUUUUAUCCAUAAACUAUACAGUAUGCUGCAGGACCCAAACAUCCAACAUUUGAUAUCGUGGUCAAGCUCCAACGAGAGCUUCGUCAUGUCUCCUUCGUCGGACUUUUCAAAGGUCUUAUCGUACGUUAUACCAUCCAUUCUAGCGAUUAUAGUUGGUGGACUGUUUCAAACUAAUAAGAUGUAUAGGCAAUAUUUCAAGCAUACCAAUAUAUCGUCAUUUGUCAGACAGCUAAACAUGUAUGGCUUCCACAAAGUGAGCGAUGUAUUUCACACAGGGUCUCCAGACUCGCCAAUGUGGGAAUUCAGACACGGAAAUGGCAGCUUUCGAAAGGGUGAUGUCGCUGGUCUCCGAGACAUCAAGCGGAGAGCUUCAAGACAUGCGCUGAUCCACCGAGACUCUUUCUCAACUCACAAGGCCAAUCAGUCACAGCCGGGUACUCCCGCGGAGGGAGCCAUGGACGGUUUGGACCCUAGAAUGGCCAGUCUGGAACAAUCCUUGUAUGACAUGCAUAACCGCCUGGCGCGGAUGGAGGAUCACAACGCGCUUCUAAGCUCACAUUGCCAUGUCCUCGCCGAGGGUCUGGCCAGAUGUCAUCAGUGGACAAGCACGAUGUCCUCCUUUAUAGUCACCAUGGUUCCGGAUACCGAAAAUUCUAUACACAAAGAAGCUGCAAACAUGCAACGUGAAAUAACCCGGCAGCUGGAGUAUAUCCGGACUCUAGAGAACCCCCAGGAAGCCAUGCUGGCAGGUCGACAACCCUACUUCUCCAUGUCCAUGGACCCUGGCCCUCCCCCACUCUCCCCGCGCCAGGUAUGCCAGGAUGACGGGAGACGGCCGUCUGGAAUCCGCCAUCCCUUACCACCCCAUAUCACCAUCUCACCGCACCGUCAAGGCUCUCUCGGCGGAAACCCAACUCCGAUCUAUAGCAAACCUCAGAUCCCGCACCAAUCCAACCUCCAUCCUCUGUCAUCAGUCACGUCUCCCCCAGGGCCCAACCUUGCCCGCCGACACACGUCAGCAGACAUCAGACAGCACGGUUGGCCCCCAUCAGCCGGUCCCUCUCCCAGCUCACAGUAUGGCCACAACCCAUCCAUGCAAUGGCCUUCUUCACCAGGUCGAAACCACAAUUCCUCUGACCAGCAUGUCCGAGAUGCAUUGGCGCGGUAUGAGCUCGGUGGACCACGACGGCAGCAAGAACAGUUCAGACAAGUUACGCCACCUUUUCUUGACCCAGCCCAGCCGGACAAUGGCUGGGCUAUCGGAGGGCCCAAGUUCCCGCGUCCAGUAGAGUCAAUGCCCGCCACCCGUCGAUCAAGCAUGGCAAGCAACGUACAUUCACUGCUGAACCCAUCUAGCGCAGCUGAGCGGGUAGACGACCCCGAUGGCCCACUGGGAGAAGACCGGAAACGAAAGAGGCUCCAGUGA